AAUUGAAAGAAACCUAUCUUUUAUCAUCUUCUCGCAUUUCUAAGGCAACACUGAGUCAGGGAAGGACAUAGCUCACUGCCCUGAGAUUAAUUUUCAAUUGAUUGCAAUAAUUGAAAUGACGAAAGAAGGAAAUGAGGAAACAAGUAUGGAGUCAGUGAAGAAGUUCUUGGAGAAAGAAGGUGAAAUGGCAAUCACCAUGGAUGGGCUGCCAGAGAAGUUCUUUGAGCCCUUUAUCAUGAAAGGCAUUCAAGUCGAUCUCCUUGAACCCGGUCGUAUUGUUUGCUCCUUCAAAGUACCCCCUCGUUUGCUGAAUGGAGGCAAUUUUAUGCAUGGUGGAGCCACAGCAACCCUUGUGGAUUUGAUAGGGUCAGCUGCAAUCCUCACCGUCGGAAUUCCCAGCUCCGGAGUUUCAGUGGAGAUCAACGUUUCAUACUUGGAUUCUGCUUACCCUGGUGAGGAAGUUGAGGUUGAGGCCAAGGCUUUACGAGUUGGGAAGGCUGUUGGUGUUGCCAGUGUUGAGUUAAGGAAGAAGAAGACAGGCAAAAUUAUAGCUCAGGGCCGUCAUACCAAGUAUCUUGCUCUCGCUAGCAAACUCUGAACAGCUUCGAAGCUGGAACCAAGACACAAUUCAGUCUCUGUUCUAUGUAAAGAUUUUUCAACAUUGAAUAAAAUUUCUUUUAACUGAAUUAUACAAAUUCACAGUUUGAGAUGCAAAUAAAUGAUCAAUUGAAAUUUUCCUCA